AUGAAGUUGCUGCUUAUUGCCCUUGUCUGCCUCCAUUUUUCAGAGGCAGACAAGGUUAUCAAAGUCCCUCUGAAGAGGUUCAAGUCCAUGAGGCAGGUGAUGAAGGAGAAAGGUGUGCUGCAUGACUUCUUGAAGAACCACAAACUGGACCCUGCCACCAAGUACUUCAACAAGCUUGCUGUUGCCGAUGAGCCCCUCACCAAUUAUAUGGAUGUAUCCUACUAUGGGGAGAUCAGCAUCGGGACCCCAGCCCAGAAAUUCGAGGUCCUCUUUGACACUGGCUCCUCCAACCUGUGGGUGGACUCCGUCUAUUGCCAGAGCGAGGCCUGCACCACCCAUACCCAGUUUGACCCCAGUGACUCUUCCACCUACUCCAGCAGUGACCAGUCCUUCUCUAUUGAGUAUGGAUCAGGGAGCCUUACUGGAAUCUUUGGCUAUGACACCGUGACAAUCGAGGGCAUCUCCAUCACCAACCAGGAGUUUGGCCUGAGUGAGACUGAACCUGGCAGCAGCUUUUUGUAUGCCAAUUUUGAUGGGAUCCUGGGCCUGGCCUAUCCUUCCAUCAGUGCUGGUGGGGCCACCACUGUCAUGGAGGGCCUCCUGGACGAGGACCUGAUCAGUGACCCUGUCUUUGCCUUCUACCUUAGUGGGUAGAAUUCUGACGAUGGCGGUACACUGACUUUGGGAGGAGUGGACAGCAGCCUGUACACUGGAGACAUCCACUGGACUGCUGUCACUGAGGAAGAAUACUGGCAGAUUGCCAUUAGUGGGUUCUCCAUUGAUGGUGAGUCUACUGGCUGGUGUUCUGAAGGUUGCCAAGCUAUUGUGGACACAGGCACUUCCCUCCUCACUGCUCCCGAGGAUGUCUUCUCUGAGCUGAUGGAGUAUAUCGGAGCUGAGGAGGAUGAAGAUGGAGAUUAUUUUGUCAGUUGCAGCAGUACCCAGAGCCUGCCUACCCUCACCUUCACCAUCAAUGGUGCAGAUUUCUCCCUUUCUCCCUCUGCCUACCUCCUUCCGAGUGACAGCGACUACUGUGAGGUGGGCAUCAUGGCCACUUACUUGGAUUCUGAGAGCGGCGAGCCCCUUUGGAUCCUUGGGGAUGUUUUCCUCAGGAACUACUACUCUGUCUUUGACCUGGGCAACAACAAGGUGGGCUUUGCCAGCCUUGCCUAA